GUUGCUCGGUGACCGCAUUUUGUCUUGAAAAGCAAAGAUUUUGAUACGUAUUAUUUAUAAUGCAGAUUCUGUUCAUGUAAAUCUAUAAUAAAUAUAUAUAUCAUUAACAGUUUCUAGUUUAAAUGUAAUUCGUUACAAGCUUUAUUUACAAACAUUAGUUGCCCGGAUGAUAGCGUAAGGAUACUGCUUAUGCUGACGCGAAGCGACUCUGGCAACUGUUGCCGUAGGAAUAAACGCCAUAGACACGGUAUCUGUGACGACUGUUUCCCAUCAACAAUCUAAGAUAUAACUUUAAAAACCUGCUUAAAUGAAAAAUGGCAACACAGACCUAUGUAACAGAUAUACAAGUCAUGAAUCCUACUGCUGUUCAGGCUUUUGGGUUAGAUCUAACUUCUGAUGUGAAUGGGGCUGUGGUUAAAACUUCUGCUGCUAAUUCUCAGGGUGGUAUCCAACAAGGUCAGAAGGCAACAAUAAUACAGCCAGCUCAAGCACACUCUGGUCAACAGUUUAUUGUUACAACUUCUGCAGUAGAUCAUCAACAACUGGCUGAGCAAGCCCAGCAGGAAACCAUUUCCAUUCAACAAGGGGGAACAACUGUUUACCCUACACACCUACAGUACGUAGAGGGCUCAGACCCUGGCAUCUACACUAAUGGCCAAAUGCCUAAGGACCUGGUGCUGAAGGCUAGGCACAGUUAUGGUGAUUAUACACAAGGAACAAUGUAUACCAAUGUUUCUGGAACAUAUUAUCAAACUGCUCAAGGAGGACAGGUAGCACAAAGUCUAAUGCCUGUUGGUACAUCAGUGCAAGCUCUUCAAGGACAAAUUAUACCUGGUGGUGGUGGAACCUACAUCAUCCAAAGUGGCACAGUUGACAGUGAUGGGGCACCCCUAACUCAUACUACCAGGGCCUCACCUGUAACAAACCACACUCCUCUGGCAGAGCUGAGCAAUUUGCAUACAAAAGAGGUUCAGUGGUUAAUUGACAAUUAUGAAACAGCUGAAGGGGUUAGCUUACCUCGUAGUACCCUCUACUAUCACUAUUUAAGACAUUGUCAAGAACAGGGCUUAGAUCCAAUGAAUCCUGCAUCCUUUGGAAAACUUAUCCGAUCAGUUUUCUUAGGACUUCGUACCAGACGUUUGGGAACAAGAGGUAAUUCUAAAUAUCACUACUAUGGGAUUCGAAUUAGGGCUAAUUCAUCCCUAAACCAAUUUACAGAUGAUCAGACAAUGGCAUUAAGGCAGCAACCGAUGUAUACAAGCAAAAAACUGACUAGCCAAAAGCAAGAAGGUUCAGAUGGUGAUGGGGGACCAGCUGGUACACAAGGUGGUGGACAGUCGGAUGGUGCCCAUUCUCAACAGCAACAACACACUCAAUUUUUGGGGGAUGCAUCUCAUGCUCUUCCUUCUUUUGGAAGUGUGGAUAUUAGCCUUGUGCAAUUCCCAGAUGGUAUAGCUCUUGAUGAUAUUAGAGCCUUUGAGAAGAUGUACAGAGAGCAUGCUGAGGCUGUUGUAGAUGUUGUUGUUAAUUUACAUUUCAACUUGAUUGAAAAUCUUUGGCAAACAUUUUGGAGAAAUCCAUCUCCAGAUUCACCCAGUCUAGAUCCUUUUGAGAAGAUGGAAAAAAGAGUCCCUAAAGAUAAGCUGUAUAUUUUGUGUCGAUAUGAACCACUAAUUACUUGGGUGAGAAGAUCUGACUAUGCAUUCUAUCAAGCACUUGUGGAAGUUUUGAUUCCAGAUGUUUUGAGACCAAUUCCAAGUUCAUUAACUCAGGCUAUCAGAAACUUUGCCAAAAGUUUAGAGGGAUGGUUGAAAAAUGCUAUGCAAAAUGUUCCUGAGGAAAUGGUGAAAACUAAACUUGGAGCAGUUAGUGCCUUUGCUCAGACAUUACGUCGCUACACCUCUCUGAAUCACUUGGCUCAGGCAGCUCGAGCAGUCUUACAGAACACAUCUCAGAUAAACCAAAUGUUGACUGAUCUUAACAGAGUUGAUUUCACUAAUGUUCAGGAACAAGCCUCAUGGGUUUGUCAAUGUGAAGACUUGCUUGUGCAACAGUUGGAGCAGGACUUCAAGGCAACACUUAAGCAGGGUAACUCGCUAGAGCAGUGGGCUCAGUGGUUGGAGGGAGUAGUUAAUCAAGUGCUCAAACCACAUGAAGGAAAUGAAAAUUUCCCCAAGGCAGCUAGGCAAUUUCUGCUUAAAUGGUCAUUUUAUAGCUCAAUGGUGAUUAGAGACCUCACUUUAAGAAGUGCAGCAAGUUUUGGUUCUUUUCACUUGAUUCGUCUACUCUAUGACGAAUUUAUGUUCUAUUUAGUGGAGCAUAAAGUGGCCAAUGCAACGGGUCAGACACCAAUAGCAGUCAUGGGAGAGGUUAGACAAUUUCAUGAUUUGAGCAGUGCUGUUAAUCUUGGUCAUAUGGAUAUGGAUGAUGAUGAUGAAUCAUCCAAUUCUUCUCAGCCUUCAAUGCUGUCAUCACAGCCUCAAAUGGUCCAGCGAGUUACUAUGGUCUCAGGUACGCCAACUCCAACAACACUCAUGCUGGUCACUUCCAAUUCUCCAGGAUCUGUUGUGGGGCAAACUGGUGUUGCAGUUCGACCAACCAUUGGUCAGGUUGGAACACCUACCAUUACUGUGAGACCUGCCAGUAAUGGACUGACUGCCACUGGUGGAUUGGUUGUACUCUCAGGCAGCUCUGUCACUGGCGCUGCACCAUCUCAUACAGUCAGCACCACACAAGGAGGAUUGCCAACUACAUUGGCUGUUCGCACAACAGCUACCAACCCUAAUUCCAGCAAAACUCAUACAAUUUUAGUAAUGCCAGUGUCAUCCACAGGAACAGCAGAUGUUACAACAGCUAAAAGAGUUAAAACAGAAUAGCAAUGACUUAAAUGUUUAACUCAAAAGAAAUUAGUAAAGUUAAAAAAUUGUUGUUCUUCUGUGUAUCAUUUAUCCAGUUGUUUGACUUCUAUUCAAAUGUUCUCAAAAGCUCAACUGUGUGUGAAUGUCUUAGAAAUAGAUAUUUGAUGCCUAUUUUAAUGAGCCUUACAGUCAAUCAGAAUUAUGCAAAUCUAAUGUCAAAAGAAUGUUCUAGAGUCAUACUGAUUUGUGAUAUGAUAAUUUGCCAGCACAGAAAUAAUUCCUGUACACUCUUAAUGACAUUAAGAUGGAUGUUGAAACAAGUCUUUCUUGGUUUCUUGAACUGAAGGACUGGUACUAUCAGUGUUUACCAGAACGCACAGUGUGACAUGUUAAGUAUACCAUAUUUAUCUGUUUACAUGAUGUGAAAGUGCUCUUGUGUUUAUUAAAUGAUCUGUUUGCCACUAAAGUAUUGUAAUUGAUGGUAAAUCAGCAGUAAUUAAAAUGUAUUCCGUCCACAUUGUUCAUGUCGGUGACUGAGUUAGACCAUUUUCUAUAGUUCCACUUCAGUUGUACUAGAACAAAAAUGUAGUGUGGAUUAGAAUAUUUUUUUUUUAUAUAUAUUUGAUCUAUUUAAGAUUCUUGGUAAUUUUGGAAUUAUAAAAAUGUGUUCUAGCAUCAAACAGAUUUAUUGUAUUAGAAACAAUUGCUGCUGUUAACCAUUUUCUUGACUGAUAGUAGUUAUGUUACUUUAGGGUUAGUCUGUUUUCUGUCAGGCUAGUUAUUUAUAUUUAAAUAUAUAAUGUAUGUUAUUGUGUGGCUAUAAAUACCUCAAGAAAGAUUUGCUAGAUUUAUUAUUUUACUUAAUUAUGAAACACAAGAUGUAAGGUGUGACCUUUUUGACCCAAAGUGUAAAUAGUUGUAUUUAAAUUCAUGUUUAAGAAAAAAUACUUUAAAAAGCUAUAUUUAUUUUAUACAGUAAAUUUCAAAGCCUUUUUUCUUUUUUUUUUUUUUUUUUUAAAUAAAAUUUUAACUUGACAAUGUAGCCAUAAUGUAUUUUGUAUAUUAUUGUAUGCAAUUCUGUACUAAAUGACAUACUGGCCUAACCAGUAGUAUAUAUUCUAUUCCAUGUGUGUUUCAGUCUACUGUUUGAACUGCUGAUGUGCAGAUGUGAUCUUAGUGACUCUACAUCUUCAUAGCAUUCACCUUUUUACCUUCCUUUUUUUUUUUUAAAUUUAACUUUGAUCUAAUUGUUAUUAUUUAAUAUUUGUUUGAUGAACAUUUCUUGUUUGCAUCUAUGACAGACACAAUUGGACAAGUCUAGUCAGCUCACUCAUGAGUUCAUUACCACAACAUUAUAAAGCACACUUUUGGCAAGAAUUGUUUUCUCUUGUUGCGCCAGCUGUCUCCAGCCAAUCAGUUGAUUUCAUGUCCUCCACUUUUUAUUUAUCUCAUUCCUUGUAUAUAUGUGUGUGUGUGUUUCUAGCCAGCUCUCUUCAUUAUCUCAUUCCUUGUAUAUAUGUGUGUGUGUGUGUCUAGCCAACUCUAUUCAUUCCAUUGUUCUUGUCAAGACCAUGCUUGCUGAAGAUAUACAGAUGUGGAUUAUUGCCUUGACUGUAUGAUGUAUGGUCUUAGAGUUCUCAUUAUUUAUAUAAGUCAGAAACUAAAGUGGACUAGAACAUGAUCUAGUAGUCUAUGUGAUGUGAUGUUAUACUUGCAGUGAUAUAUGCUAGUGUGGUUGAGUUCUUCCAUACAUCUUCAAUACAAAAUUUGGUUGGUAUUAAAAUGUAUACACAUCAUCCCAUCUUUUGGUUACUUCAUGACAUACAAUUGAUCAGAAAUGAACACAUUCAGUUAUUUUUCACUUGAAGUCCAGGACAUUCAUUUGCCAGACUUGAGUUCAGUUUAAAUGAUGUGACAUUGUUGGAAAAUAAUAAGCAUUUAUAUUUCGAUAAUACAAUUUGUUGUGUUCUUAUCACAGGAUUAAAAUGAAUGUUUUUAAAUUUUUUUUUGUAGAUAUUGGAUCAAGUGAAUUGUUUUAUCAUAAUUUUUGUUUUCUUAAUGAAAUAUAUUGAUCUAUGUUCUUUAGUUCUAUACCUCUAGAAAGUAAGACUUAAACUGUUCUAAUAGCAUUGUUUAGAAUACAAAGUAACACACAAUUUAUACAAAAUCAUUUCCCUCAAAAAAGGAGUAAGACCUCUUUUUCAAUUAUUCUUUUGAAUUGUUAAUUUAAGGGAUUUGAAACAAAUGUAAGUAUGUUGGCUAGCCAUAACAUGUUAUUGCAUUUAUAGUUGUUUAUAGGCUUAAUACCUAGAUUAGUUAUUUAUUUAACAGAUUGAACAGUUAUAUUUUUUAAAAGUUCAAAUGACUAUUUUAAAAAUUCUUUUUUUUGGAUUUUAUUUUUUACAACAUACAAACACUGAUAAUAUGCUGUACAUUAGUCAUAAAUUCAUUCCCAAAGAACAUUUCUACGUAUUGAGCCAACAUGUGUGGAAAUAAAAGUGAAAGUUGGUACUAGUAUGUUUUUUGCCAAUCAUAUUUUAAACAUUUCAAUUUAACUUUGAGAUUUCAAACAAAAAUAUCUAAUUUAGUGUUUUUCAAACAUGUCCAUUGUGCUCUUUGCAUAUAUUAUAGUUGGCAUUUAUUAGUGCAUGUUUUACACUGCACAGUUAGUGCAUGGAACACAGGUUGCAAACUGGUUUGAGAGAUAGGUAUCUAAGAAUUAAAUUCCAUAUAAUCAGUGACAACCUUAAUGAGAAUCACUUCAUUUGAUGAUGUUUGUUAGUUAAUGACAUUGUGUUGGUCAGUUUGUUCAGUUUCUAAUAUAUAUACAUUUAGUGAAAUUCUCCAUCUGCUGAAUACUAAAUACAUUCUUCUUCUAAACUACUGGA